ACAUAAUAUCUAUUCUCAUAGUUAAGAGUCCUGCACCUAGUCCGAUCUUCGUUCUUCGAGGAUUUAAUAAAUAUUUCAAUACUUUAAUCUACUAAUACUUAACUAAUACUCUUACAAUAAUAUCUUUAAGUAAUUAUAUAAUAUUGUCCUUAUAGUCAUAGGAACUCCUGGUGCGUACAAUGGCAGUCCAGGCACAAGUGAAAAGAAGGACACUGCUGCGGUUAAGUCAACAGCCAGUGGAUCAACAACCGAAUUAUACUCAAAAGAGGAAAUCAGCACCUCCACAACCUGUACCAGUAAAUAAUAAAAAGAGGAAAUUAUUAAUAUCACAAGUUAAAAAGUCAGAACCUCAACCAUCAAAAGUUGAACGAUUAACUGAAUUAAUAGUUCGAUUUAAUUUAUCAGUCAAUGAAUUAUUUCAAUUAAAACAAUAUAAAUCAUUAGCAUAUUGGAAUCCUAAAGAAUUUUCAAUUACCACUCAACCUCAUUUACCAGAAAUAUUUGAAAAUUUCUUAAAGAAUGAUAAAUAUAAACUUAUAUGGGAUGAAAUAAUAGAAAAUAAUGAAAAUCUUGAUAAUUUACCCUUACGAUUACAAAAGAAGGUAUUAGCUGACAGAGAAGUUUUAUUAUUAAAGAAAUUUCCAUUUAAGAAUACUGUACUAGAAAAUAGUAAAGGAUUAGAGAAAGAACGAAUACUUAUGGCUAUAGCUAAGCCUGAAUCAAUUAAACAUGAGAAACAUCAUACAAGUACCACUACAAGUACUACUACAAAUACAAGUACCACCACAACUACAACUACAACUAAGGGUAAACACGUAAAGUCUGAACCAGUAAUACAACAAGAUGAAUCUGAACUAGAAGAUCAUUCGAAAUUUAAACUUAAAGCCAUUAAAUAUUCUUUAGCUCCAAGACUUAUAACACAUCCAUCUCAUGUAACAUCAUGGCGACCAUCAACUGAAGGAAUGGUAGAAAUUAAUCAAGAAACUAAAAUAGAUAUGGAAGCAAAUCCAAAACCAUUUAGAUUAAUAAUUGAAAAUGGUGAAAUAAAUUCUGAACAAGAUAUUUCAUUACAAUUACAUAAAUUUUUAAAUAAAAAUUAUAUGAAUCCAAUUAUUGAUGAAACUAUUACACCUGAUUUUAAUUAUACAAUUAAUGAAUAUAAUAAUAUAAUGAAACAACAAGAAAAGCUUUUUAAAGAAAUUUAUAAAAAGGUAAAUUUUGAUAAAACUCUUGAACUUAAUGGAGAUAAAUUAGAAAGAAGAAAAGUUGUAUUACCUCAAGUAUCAAUUAGACAAAUAUCAGAUCCAUUUAGAAAUAAUGGAAUUGUAACAUCUAAAAUUCAAGCAUCUGCAAAUAAUUUAACUCAUCAUGAUCAUUUAUUAAAUCAAGGUAUGUCAUUUUCAAAAGUUCAUCAACAAAUGAGAAAACAACAUCAAUUAAGAACAAGAAAAGUUGCACUGAUGAUUGAACAACAUUUUAAAAAGAAAGCAGGAGAAAAGGAAAGAUUAAUAAGAGAACGUGAACAAAAUUUAAGAAGAAUAAGUAGAUUGGCUAUACAAGCAGUUAAAAAAAGAUGGACUCAAGCUUAUAAAGUAUAUGCAUUUUUACAAAAGGAAAAGGAAGAAGAACUUAAAAAGAUUAAAGGAAGAGAACAUUUAAGUCAAAUGUUAGAACAUUCAACUCAAUUACUUGAAGCUCAAUUAAAUAAAUCAUCUCGAGAACCAACAGAAGAAAUUGAGAGUGAUGAUUUUCUUUCAAGUUCUGAAGAUGAAGAUGAAGAUGAAAAUAAACAAGAGAAUAAUAUAAAACAAUCAAAUGGUGAUGAUGCUGAUUUAAACUUAUCGGUAGAAGAACUUCGAAAGAAAUAUUCUACUUUGGAUGAAUCAGUCGAACCAUCUAGUAGUAGAUCAGGUGAAACAUCUGAGGCUGAACAAGAAGAAGAAGAAGAAGAAGAGGAGGAGGAUGAUGGUAUAGAUACAUCUCGUGGUCUUGCAUCCUUAUACGGUAAUGUUGAUAUUGAAGCCACUAAAUCAGAAGAUGAAGGGUAUACCGAAGAGCAGAAGGCACUUAUUAAUCAAAUGGAAGAAGAACCAGAUACAAUUCUUGAUACUGCAUCUGUAUCGAGUCUUGGAUCUAGUGAUGAAUCCGAAAUAGAAGAUUCAGAUGAUGAAGAAUCUGAAUCUGAAUCUGAAUCUGAAUCUAAAAUUGAAUCCACUACUAAAGUUAAUGGACUGUCAGGAUUAGCAGCUCUAUAUGGUGAAAGAAAGUAUACUUCAUCAGAAGAAGAAGAAAAUACUUAUAGUGAAGCUAGUAAUUCAGAAGCAGAUGAUCUGAUGACAUCUUCUGAUGAUGAAGGUGAAGUUAAUGGAUCAAUUAAACCCGAUAAAAAUGAUGAAUUAGAAGAUGAAAUUGUUAAUGAUACUACUGUAAAAAAUGUUCCUAUACCUUCAUUAUUAAGAGGAACUUUAAGACCUUAUCAAAAGCAAGGAUUAAAUUGGUUAGCUAGUUUAUAUAAUAAUGAUACUAAUGGGAUUUUAGCUGAUGAAAUGGGAUUAGGUAAAACCAUUCAAACUAUUUCAUUACUUGCUUAUUUAGCUUGUGAACAUCAUAUUUGGGGUCCACAUUUAAUUAUUGUUCCUACAUCAGUUAUGCUUAAUUGGGAAAUGGAAUUUAAAAAAUUUGCUCCUGGAUUUAAAGUUAUGACAUAUUAUGGAUCACCUCAACAAAGAGCAAAUAAAAGAAAAGGUUGGAAUAAUCCUGAUGCAUUUCAUAUUUGUAUAACUUCAUAUCAAUUAGUUGUACAAGAUCAACAAUCAUUUAAACGUAGAAAAUGGAGAUAUAUGAUUUUAGAUGAAGCUCAUAAUAUUAAAAAUUUUCGAUCAACAAGAUGGAGAGCUUUAUUAAAUUUUAAUACUGAAAAUAGAUUAUUAUUAACUGGUACUCCAUUACAAAAUAAUCUUAUGGAAUUAUGGUCUUUAUUAUAUUUUCUUAUGCCAUCUUCAAAAGUUAAUCAAGCAAUGCCUGAUGGAUUUGCAAAUCUUGAAGAUUUUCAACAAUGGUUUGGUAAACCAGUUGAUAAAAUUUUAGAACAAACUUCACUUCGUAAUGGUAAUUCAGAUAUAAUUGAUGAAAAUGAAAGUACAACUAAAGGUUUAGAUGAAGAAACUAAAAAUACAGUAGCAAGAUUACAUCAAGUUUUAAGACCUUAUUUAUUACGUCGAUUAAAAAAAGAUGUUGAAAAGCAAAUGCCAGGAAAAUAUGAACAUAUAGUUUAUUGUCGAUUAUCUAAACGUCAAAGAUUUUUAUAUGAUGAUUUUAUGUCCCGAGCUAAAACUAAAGAAACUUUAGCAUCAGGAAAUUUCUUAUCAAUUAUUAAUUGUUUAAUGCAAUUAAGAAAAGUUUGUAAUCAUCCUGAUUUAUUUGAAGUUAGACCCAUUGUAACUUCUUUUAGUAUGCCAAAAUCAGUUUGUAAUAAAUUUAUUUCAACUGAAAAUUUAAUUAGAAAAGAAUUGGCAAAUAUUAAACAAGAUAAUAAAAUUAAUUUUAAUGUAUUAAAUUUAGAUAUUACAAGUUGUGAUAAUAUGAAUUAUUUUAUAGCUCAAAGCAGUUAUAAUUUAAGAUCUCAACUGGCAUUAGGUCAACAAAUUUCAAAAAUUAAUUCAUUAAUUAAAUCAGAAAGAGAUUAUCUGAAUCCUGAUCCAACAGAUUAUUUGGAAUUUUAUCAAUAUUUAAAAUCAGGUAAUCAAACAUUUUUUGCUAAUAAACUUGAACAUAUUCAAUAUUUAAAUGAUCUUAGAUGUAGUAGAAAACCAAUUUAUGGAAAAACUUUACUUAAAAUGUUAAAAAGUUGUACAAUAAAUUAUCAAAAUUAUUCAAAAACUUCUGAUAUUUAUAAUGAAUUAUUUUAUUCAAUUGGUCGUCGAGUUGAAAGUUUAAAUGAUAUAAUUGAAAAAUAUUCAGUUAUAACUCCUGCUGUUGUAACUUUAGAUAUGAAAGAUAAUUUAAUUCCUAUAUCAAUUCAAAGAAAAAUUAUUGAACAAGUUGCUACUGAAAAAAUUGAAAAUCCUUUUCAUAAAUCUCAAGUUAAAUUAUCUAUUGCAUUUCCUGAUAAAUCAUUAUUACAAUAUGAUUGUGGGAAAUUACAAAAACUUGCUAUACUUUUACAACAAUUAACUUCUCAAGGUCAUCGAGCUUUAAUUUUUACUCAAAUGACUAAAGUUUUAGAUAUUUUAGAACAAUUUUUAAAUAUUCAUGGUUAUAGAUAUAUGAGAUUAGAUGGAGCUACAAAAAUUGAAGAUCGUCAACUUUUAACUGAAAGAUUUAAUCGAGAUCCAAAGAUUCCUGUAUUUAUUUUAUCUACAAGAUCAGGUGGUUUAGGUAUUAAUUUAACAGGAGCUGAUACAGUAAUUUUUUAUGAUUCUGAUUGGAAUCCUGCUAUGGAUAAACAAUGUCAAGAUCGUUGUCAUCGUAUUGGGCAAAUUCGUGAUGUUCAUAUUUAUCGAUUUGUAUCAGAAUAUACUAUUGAAUCUAAUAUUUUAAAGAAAGCUAAUCAAAAGAGACAAUUAGAUAAUGUUGUUAUUCAAGAAGGUGAAUUUACUACUGAUUAUUUUGGGAAAUUUUCAGUACGAGAUUUAGUUGAAGAUGCUAAUAUUGCUGAUAUAAUACCUGAUAGAACCGUUGAUUUUACAGGAGAUGUUAAUAUGGGGAAUGCAUUUGCUCAAGCAGAAGAUGAAGAUGAUCGAGCUGCUGCUAAUUUGGCUAUGCAAGAAGUUGCCAAUAAUGAAGAUGAAGCUGAUUUUGCUGAAGAUAGUAAAUCUGCUACUGCUGCAGGUACUCCAAUUCCUGGUUCAAGUCUUGAUGCUAAUGGUGAAUCAUUUGUAGAUCUUGAUUAUGAAGAAGGUAUUGGACAUAUAGAUGAGUAUAUGUUAAGGUUUAUAUCGGAUGGGUACUAUGCAGAAUAGGUCAUUUAUAGAAUAGUUUGUAGUCUAGUAAUUAUAAUUUAAUAGAUAACAGCAAAGAGAAUUAUUGUAUUUUAGGUGCU